UUUCAACAAGGGGGGAUAACACAGAGAUCACAAAAACUCCUUUUCACUCAUUUCAUCAGUGUAGACAAGAAAACCACCAAAACAAGAAGAUAAACAGUAGAGAAAUUGAAGGCAAUAUACACAAUAUAUAAAGGGGGGCAAAGAGGCGCAAACCUUAGAAACAUUCAAACUCAUAAACAACAAAAGGUAGUGCAUGUUUGACAUGAGUCAAAGACUUGAAGUUCCACAUAGUCCGUCACUUUCCUCUAUGUUCUUUUGUUUUCCCCACCACCACUGAUCGGUAUCUCUACAGAAGAAAACACUGAGCGGAGAAAUCAAGAAUGUGAGGAAACUUACUUGUGUCAGGAAACGCUCCUUCGAUUUCUCCGAGAGACCAAAAACGCUUUUAGCACUGUUUAUUUCAGACACCCAUUUUGCAGAAAGCCAUGAAUCCUAGCAAAGUUGAAGAAGAAGAUAUGUUCCAUCAUCACUUGGACCCGCAUCAUCAAAUCUUGGAUCAAUCUCAUCCGUCAAUUCUACCGGAGGAGGAAGAUGAACCCUUUUUUUCUGAUAUCGGAUUCUUCCGCGACGAUGACGACGACGAUACCAGUCAUACUUCCUCCGAUCCCGAUCAACAUCAGCACCAUCACCAGCAGAUAAUUCAGUCGCUGCCCCAAUUGGAGCAGCAAAACGACAUCGUCUCUACGAACCCUAACCCUAGCCCUGAUUUGGGUCUGGGAAAGGGCGAAAAAAACAAGGCGGAGAAACGUCAUCGGCAUACCGUGGCUGCGGCGAAUAUAAGCCCAGAAGCCCACAUUUCCUCUCAAUUCUACACUUUCAAUAAGGAAUCACAUGCCCUGAUGAUAAGCUGCCUUCUCGCUGGCCGUGUCGCGACGCCGGAGGAAAUCCGAUCUGUGACGCCGUCGUCGGUACUCCAAAGCUGGCGUUUGGUGUGGAAGGACCGGAAUGAGGAUACGGCAUACCUCACGGCAUGGAAGCGAAUCCAGGACAAGCUCAUCGUGAAUAUCGACCCUUUGAAUGGUAAUGAAUUACUCUGUUUCAAGAAUAAUUCCAGUCAAUUCGUUUCCCAUGUUGAUCAAUGGCAUGAUAUAGUCACAAGUUUUCACUGUGAUGCGGACUUAAAACACUUGGGACUGAAAGAAACUAUAGAAAGAAUUAAACAGGUUUGGACUGUAGGUGCUAAAUUUUAUGGAAUACCUGAGAGUUAUAUUAGGGUUUGUGUUGAGGUUUGCCCCGUGUGCUCAGAGUCUGCACCACGUACUAAGAGGCGUAGGUUUGAGUAUACUGAAUCAUUUGAAGUACCCGCAAAGGAAGUGCCUGUUAGAUUGCAGCAAUUAGCCACAAAGUAUAAAGUGGCCUUGUGUAUUAGACAGAAAUAUGUAAGGUAUAAGCCAUUUAUAGCUGAGGUUAAAGAUUACGCGUGUCAUCGAGCAGGAGAGCCUGCAUCCUCGAAGAAAUCGAGGAUUUUAAAAAGGGAGCCUUACGCGUCGAAACGGUGUGGGUGUGGAUUUCGUAUCAGGGCGAUAGUUCCAAUAUCAAAUUAUAAUGAGAAGGAUAAGUCAUUUGUCUAUCUGGAGGAAGGGACAGCAGUAUUUAAGUUGUAUGCAGUGCACUCGGGGCAUGAACCUGGCGCUUCGGAUGGGAAUGCAAGAAUAAUGCAUCGAGUAGUUGGGCAUAAAGGAGGGGUUUUGAUGGAUCAGGAAACAGUGUAUGGGAUGGGCGAUGAAGCAGAAAAUGAAGAUUUUGGGUUCCUUGGGAAGGAUGGCGGAGAUCUGCAACAUUCGAUUUUGCAGCAAAUGCAGGAAGCAAGGAAUGAGAUUGGGCUACUUGAGGGCCAGAUUAGGAAAGUUCCUCGUGAGUUAUUGUGCUCGGUGUCUCGUGAAUUGUUUGAUUUUGUGAAUAAGCUUAGGAAUGUGAGAGAAUAUGGAUCAAAGUCGGUUGGGUUGCUCUCAGAUAAACCGACCUCGGAUGAUCUAUUGGUCGGGGAAAAUGAUUUAGCGGAUUGGGGUGUUCAUCAUCAUCGCAUUUAUGAGGAUGGCAAGGAUGCAGAGCUUAUUGAGGAAGAUGAAGACAGCUUUGAGAGAACACUCGGGGAGGUUGCAUCUUGGGAUCAGAUAAGGUCAGAUUGUAGGAAUGAGAAGGAUCUGCUGGGUGAGUCUUGUAAAUCGGAGAAACCAUUGGAGUGCAGCGAAUUUGACCAGAAGGGCAUUCUUGACUGUGGGAAUUCUAAAUUGACCAAGCCCUUAAGGCAUGAUGAGAGUAUAGAUACAGAUGUAGGCUUCGUUGUAGAGAACUUCUAUCCUGAGAACCCUAAAUGGUUUGAUUCAUCCUGUGAACUGGACUCUGGCACAGAUUGUGUUGACAGCGGAUUCAAGCCUGGGGAGAUUGUUUAGAGAUCUUACUGCUGGUGGCAAAAGCUUCUAGUUGGAGAUGGCAAUUUGGAACUUUAUGAAGUCCCAACAUUUUUGGACAGUUGAUGACCUUAGUGUUGAUGUACCAAUGAUGGAUUGUAAUUUUGGCUUCUGAGUGAGGUUGAACAGAGAUACAUGAAAUGCUUCUAUUCAAUGGUUUGAAAUCAUCAUGUAAAUAGAUUUCCUUAAUACAUACACUUGAGGAUAAAUCAACAAGCUUUGACCCAAAAAAUUCGACUAGCUAAUCAAAUCAUCUUGAUGUGGAAAAAGAAUAAAGAUGACCAGGAUAAAAAUUUAGCUUAUUCAUGAUUUGUUUUGGUCAAGUUCUAGUUUGACCUGUUUGCUCUAAAAUCUAAGUCUGCAGAAAUAAGGGAAAUUUUGGAGAAGAUGAGACUCUAUGAUGUUCAUUCAAUACAUAUAAUUGUGUAUCCUGAUCCCAUAUGAUCCUGUUUAUGUGUUAUGAUACAAUAAUAACAGGUAUAUGCAAACCUUGUUGAUAUUUGGAGAAUCAGUAAAACUAAUCCAAUUUAAGUAAGAACUUUAUUUUCUUGAAAGAUGAUCUCAAUCUAAAUACAGAUUUUAUAAUUGUGUUAUUGUGUUACUUAUUUGAAUUCCUGAUACAUUGAUAUCGAUGACGAGACAUGUUUUGACUAUGUACUAAAUCACCAGGACUUUUCUAGGAAAGUUUUAGCAAAAGUUAAAUGCAGUCAAUCUCUAAAUUUUACACACAUUCUUGGAAUGUCUUUUAAAGCGAUUAAUAAUUCUAAUGAUCAAAUCUAUUAUGCAUCCCUGGUGUGAAAGCAAUCUGUGAAUAUAUGGUUUGUCAAACAACUGUAAUAAGUGAUGGUGUCGUGGAGAUUUUCUUGUCCCUGUUGCUAGAGAGAUUUUUAUUGGUUUGCUUGUAAUUAAAUCCUUUCCAGUCAACUCUUGAAUUAGUUCCAGAUUUGCUAUUGUUGAAAUUGGAAAUGACAGAUUUUCUUACUAAAUUUGUUUUUGCUUAAGAUAAACAUAAUCAAUGUGCUCAUUCUGUUGACCAUAAGUUGCCAAGUUUAGCCUCAAGUUCUGAAAGCAGUCAUGAGGAUUGAGGUGAGUACCUCUUAAGCUGCUAGGAAACAUUGGAAAAGUGCGAAGGUUUAUUGUUUAAGAACUAGUUGUGGCAUAUAUCUUAAAUUCGACAUACAAUUGAUGAAUAGAAAGCUGAUGGGAACUUGUCAUUGCCUGUAAUUUUCAGUUCAACGAUAAAAGUUAUCCUCACAUAUACCUGUAAGUGUUUCUUCAUUUUUCUAAAUUACAUGUAUAACUUCUGAGGAUGAAAAUGAUGGACAAAAAAUUGAAGUUCAUUUAAUAUUUUCUUGAAUGUGUGUCGGCACCUCCCCUUUACAUAGAAAGAGCUUAUGGAAGUUUUUCCGUCAUUACUUUCAUUUUUCCUUUUCGAUUUGAAUUGUUGGAAUAACUACACUUUGGUCUUAGAAGAAUCAUGUAUUUGUAUGUUUAAAGAAGGCUGAUGGCUGCUCCUUCUUUUAUUAGGAAUAAAAUUUAUGUCUUGAUUGUUGUUUUCCCUUUGGUGGACCUUGUUACGUCAUGCCUUAUUACCUGUGAGAUCUUUCCCCCUUAUCCACAAUUUUGUUAGUCCUGCUCCACAUAUGCACAUACCUAAAUGAAUGCUCUGAAGUUAAUACAUUCGUCCUCUUGACAAAAACAUGAGUGGAAGGUUUAUUAUCAUUAACCCAUUGGAGGUUCCUUGGAUCUGAAGGUCCUUCAUCAACAAGUAUUUCUAUCUUCUUUUAACUGUACUAUUGUCACUCUUAAAAGUACUUGUGAUGUGCUUGACAAGUUAAACAGUUAACUCAUAAAAUUGGAAUCAAAAUAAAUGCUUCUCCCUGUCUCGGCUCUUUUUUCCCCCAAGUUCUGGCUCAUCCUGUUAAUUAGGUUUUCCAUGUGUCUAAUAGGGUAGGUCUUGGUAUCCUAAGCUUAGAAUAGUUAGCCCAUUAUGGAUCUUGGAAACUGGACAGACUAGUUUCUCUGGCUCUGGGUUAUUUUGAGGAAUGUAUGAGAUGUUCAAGAGAGUUUUUAUAGCUAGCUCCCAUAUGGAAGCCGUCACUGAUGGACUGCAGGAACAUCGAUAGCACAAUGUUCACAGGCUGCUAUUUUGAAGAAUACAAGCUUUUGACAUAUUGCCUGGGUGGUGUAAAGCUUUUGGUGAGUAAAACUUAAGAUUCAGUAAGUUAAUUAUUUGCAGAUUGUUGCUCGUUAUGUUCUCACUUAAUAUACUGCAGGUUGUUCCUCUUUUAUGUUUGCAUUUAUUUGCUUCAUUUGGUUAUUUCUUUUUAGUAAAAAUUCACACAUUGGGAAAUGCUCUUUGUUACUCUACUGAUGUUGCCUAUGUUAUUGUUUGGAGAUGUUCAUUAUUGAUUUGCAGACGACGGUUUUCUAGUCCUAAAGAACGAAAACAAUACUUUCUUAUCUUCUGGUUUGCGUGCAUGGUACCUUAUCCUUUCUUGUCUUCUUCUGCAUAAGAAAGAAGGCAGAUUCCACAGAAAAUACUUCCGGUUUAUAGUUUAAAUGAACUGCUUGGCAUUCCUCUAUACGUUUUGUGAUAAAGUGUUCUGCUGUGAUGCUUCCAAUCCUUUUGUUAAAUUUCUGCAUUUGUUUUCUCAUUUUGUCCUUUUUGGGCAGCUAAGAUCUUUACUAUUGAAAGAAAGUUCGAAGGUCAAGUGGAGAAGAUUUUGUAGCCCCGUGCUUCUCUUUUAUUUUUAUUUUACAUAAUAAAAUGGAAGGAUAAAAUUUUACUGUUGGGAGUGACAUGGUCCGAAGCAUUGGAUUGACUCUCUGAAUGUCUUUUGGAUGGACAAAAUCCCCCUCUGUCCAAUUCCUACUGAUUAUGGGACUUGGUCCAGCUCGCCUCUAGAAAGCUUGCCAUUCUUAUUGAAUCUUUAAACCCCCAAAGUACCUCAACUAUUCUGUAAGUUUCAAAUUUCAGUUAUGCAAGCACAUUCUAUGUAUGAAAAAUUAAAAAACCAUUAUAAUUGCUGUUGGAUGCUUUCUUUCUUUUUCAUAUGUGUCCUAUGGGAUGUGAAUUCUAAAAUCCAAGCUUUAUGAGCAACUGGUUAUGUUGUGUCAAAAUUCAAGCUUUUUGCCACUUUGGUUCCCUCAUGAUUGGUGGCAACUUGGGUUGUAAAUUCAGGCACUAACAAUCCAAUUAGUUGAUUCAUGUGAAGAAGUGUAGUGGAACUCCAAUAAAUAUGCAAAGCCAUGCCAACUUCAUCCCACUUCAGCUCACAGAGGUCAUGUGGUGUCAAGCGUUCGUGAGGAGAACAGCAACACUUGAUGCCUCCUUUCUCAACUUGGGACUUUGAGGGGAUCAGAACGAGCGAGUUCUCUUCCUGUGCACAACUGCUGUUACAGUUUACUAUCCUCCGUUUCCCAUUUGUGUAUAUGGGUACAGGUUGCCUCGUAUGGUAGUUUGGAAGACUCUUUUUUCACGAAAAAGCACACGUAGAGACGACCUCUGUGAGCCAUUUUGAGGGACUGUCUCAGACUUAUUUGCUGGACAGUUAGGUCACUCUCUGUUACGGAUGUUUUCGGUUGACGGCACCUAUAUAGCACAGAGUUGGUAGUUUAGCUGAUAUAUAAACAUGAGUUCUCAAGGGGGCAAGUAAAAUUUUAAGUUUUUAAGCACUAUGGUUGCUUGAGAUUCUUUGUAAUUGCUAUCAUAUUUCUUUUGGACUUGUCACCAAAGCACAAGUGUGAAUCAUAAUUGGCUGUAGUUAUUUUGAUGUGGUUACUAGAAUAUUUUUGUUAUCUGA